CAUUUGACAUGUUGUUGUUAUUAUUUGGCUUAUGUAAUUUAGAAAAUGUACAACUUACUACGAAUGUCGGAAACCGCCUCGGUUUCUGUUUCAAUCAAUGGAAAGAAUGAAAAUUGAUGUUAUCUUUGCUGUUAUUCAUUGCAGCUUGGCAGUAAGAAGCUUAUUUUGUUGUUCUGUGUAGCCACUGUCUUAUCGCAAAUCAACGUGCCUUGGGUAGAUUCCUAGACAGAAGAUCAUGAGGAAGGUUUCUAAAUAUGUCACAAGAAAUAGAUGUUAACCCUCCGGUGGCAAGCGAGGAUCAUGCUGACAAUGACAACGAUCAAGAAAAUGUUUCAAACGAGGUUGAUGACAACUUAGUCGUUCCAACGAGCGUUAGUGGUGCAGUUGAUGAACAAACUGCGAAUGAAGACGGCGAACCUGUGCCAGUUGAUGAACAAACUACGAAUGAAGACGACAACCAUGUGCAGGAUAUUGUCCCCGGUGACGAUGUGGAGCAGGAACUUACAUUCGAAGAAGUUCCUGUUUCACCUGUUAUGCAAGAGAAAAUUAAGAGAAUUGAAGCUGUUUUUGAGACAUCACGUGAUCCUAAAAGUCUAAAACAGUUUGCUUUGUCUGAAGGCGGUCUUGUCACUGAUGAAAUUCGAAGAAAAGUUUGGCCAAUACUUGUCGGAAUUGAUGCACCAUCAGAUACUGAACUUCCCAGCCAAGCUGAAUUAGAAAGUCAUGCGGAAUAUCAGCAAGUAGUGCUGGAUGUUAAUAGAUCUCUCAAAAGAUUUCCACCAGGUAUUCCAUAUGAACAGAGAGUGGCUUUGCAAGACCAAUUAACAAGGCUUAUACUGAGGGUAAUAAUCAGAUAUCCUCAUUUGCGGUACUACCAGGGUUAUCAUGAUGUUGCAGUGACAUUCCUUCUUGUUGUGGGAGAAUCUAUUGCAUUUAAAAUAAUGGAGAAGCUCUCUACUACUCACCUCAAAGAUUGUAUGGCAGCAACUAUGGAAAAAACUUCCUAUUUGCUCAAUUAUAUAUAUCCUCUAAUCCAGAGGUUGCACCCGUCACUAUGUGAUUAUUUGGAGAGGUCAGAAGUAGGAACAAUGUUUUGCUUGCCUUGGUUUCUAACUUGGUAUGGCCACAAUUUAAAUAAAUAUCAAGAUGUGGUUCGGCUGUAUGAUUUCUUCCUCGCAUCACCACCACUAACACCAUUAUAUCUGGCAGCAGAGAUUGUAGUAUAUCGGCAAGAUGAGAUAUUUGCAGUGGACUGUGACAUGCCCAGUAUCCACUCACUUUUGUCACAGAUUCCAGAUGAUUUACCAUUUGAAGAACUAUUAAAAAAGACAAGUGACCUAUAUCUACAGUACCCACCAGAAAGUAUUGAAGCAGAAGUUUCUGAGAGGUCACGUAGAGAGUCGAGACCAAGGAGAUCUGUUGUUCCACAAAGACCUUUGCCACCACAACAGUUCAGCACGCUCUGGAGGUGGUUGGAGUGGAGUGGAGUAGUUCAUCAAGGAGCACCUCGCCGAAAAUUCACAAUGCUUGUUGUUCCAGUUGUUACCACAUUAGUUGUCAUUUACGCCUAUUGUAAAGCAGCUGAGGCAUACACUUUUGAUCUCGUCACAUCAAUAAGAUAGUAAAAGUAGAAUCAAGGACAACUGAAACUAUAUACAGUGUUAGAUUCCUUACAGAUUAUUUGUUGGGCAUUUUAGCAGAAUCAUGCCUUUUACCCGUGCAAUACUCCAACAAUACUGUUUUUCAAUGUUACAGUCAUUGUACCUGAUGGCAUGAUCUGCAUCUGUGGGUUGCUAGAACAUUAAUGUAUUCUGACAGAUGGUAUAUAUGGUGCUAAACAUAGAGUACCGUGAUUGAUGCUAGUGAAAUGAAUUAACAGGCACGUUUGUGUGCUGAGGCUACAUUCGUAUCAAACUUGUCAACAUAUAUAAAGAGCAACAUAUUUUUCAAUAAUUAUAGGGUGUAAAGAAUAUUUGUGAGAUUUGUGAGAAAUACAGAAAUGUCUUUACUUGAGAGUGUUGCAUCAGUUUAAUAGAAUGUGCAAAUAGUCUGCCUGAAAAAGGCCCCAAUAGUUCAGAAAGAAUGCUAAUAUUUUUAUAUGAUUCCUUUAGCAAUAUAUGUCACUACUGUGUUUCUUUUGUGAUCAGGGACUACUGUACAGCUAUAGUUAUGAUUGAUUCCUCAAAAAAUUAUAUGUUCUGCACAUGUUCAACCCUACAACAGUGGUUUGGACACAGAUCUGAAGAAUGAUGAAACUCGAACUUCAAAUGAUGGAUACUGCAUUUAUCUGCUUUUGUAAAACAGUAGAGGACUGAAGAAAUAAGCAUAUAUCAUGAUUGUUACAUAAUACUUGUUGAUAUAUACACAUGCAGACCAGUGCCCAUAUGUUUCACAAUUGCGAAAUAACGUGUUCACAGUAUGUGGCUUUUGUCAUUACGAUACUGCAGAUUUGUACUGUACUUGUUUCCAAGUAAAAAGUUGAGCCUUCAGUAACAGCAAACAUUAGAAAGUAAUGACUUAAUGAGUGACUAUAAUGCACAUUCAAAAACGCCACACUACUUAACAAAUGAAGCAAAGUUUUGAUUGACAGUGAAGUUUGGAAAUAUACAUUCCUUGGUGUGGUAUCUUUGAUCAUGAAAGAUCUGUAUUACUACCAGUUGCCUCAUAUUAUUAAAAAGAAAACUUGCUUAUGUUCAUUAAGGGUCUAAAAGUUUUCCACCAUAAUUUCCAUAAUAGGUACUGUUAAAAUUAACAGAAUUGUGAAGACUGAUUAGUUACUGUUUUUCUAUUGAUAUUGCUUUAAUCAAAUGAUUAUGCAUAGAAAGAAAUUACCGUCUGCAAUGGCACUAAGCCACAUUUAUCAGGUGCUUUGAAUGUUUCUGAACGUGUAUGUCAGUUUAUGCCAAUUGUGUUUUAUUUAUUCCUAUACAAAUACUUAAUUCGGUGCAAGGAGUAAGCAUUGAGAUAAACAACAUACUUGUGAAGACUGGCUCAAGUUACUAUCCUCUUCUAAUUUCAUGCAGUAAUUUCUAUACCAUUACAAGUGUCUGUUCCUGUAACUUCAGUGCACAUCAUCAUUAGAACCAUUACUUAUGUAUCUGAAAGUGAUGAAUUUACUUCUAGACUAUGAAGUAAACCAAAAUAAUAGUAGUUUAGAGAAUGAAAAUGUUUUUAAACAAAUAUGGCUUUUAAUCAUAGGAUGAUUAUUUUUUCUUAUAGUAUUCCCAUCCACAUUAUAACUUACAGUCCUAUUUUGAACAACGUAUCAAUUUGGUCCUGUGGCACCUAUGUAUUGCAUUUUACCUUCAGUUUCAUUUGAUAUCUCAAUCAACAGCAGAGUUUUGAAUAGUCAGUACAUUAUGCUGGAACUUUCAGUGGCUGUCAACAGAUUUCUGAAAGCAGAAGCAUAGAGAUUGUUUCAGGCAGAAUUUAUAUCUGUGUAGAGAAUAUUGAUUUGUCUCUCUGCCCAUUCAGUGAUUAUAAAUAUACUGUUACAUUUCUUUUAAGGCCAUUUGCAAACUAAGUAGUGCCUGUUUUUACAUUUUCAUAUUAUUAUUAUUAUUAUUGUUGUUAUUGUUUGUUACUUCAUGCUUUUCUUGUUGAAGACACUAUUUCAUGACACUUGGCUGUAUUAUUACAAUUUUUAUCCCCCCCCCCUCCCCCCUUACCACUUUUUUUAAGAACACUGAGUAUUAAUUGUGUUAAAGACCUGGAGGAGAUAGAAAAUUGUCAGAAAUUGGACACAAUGUAUAGCUUUUGAAUGAUUUUUGAUGUUUGCUCUCUUGUGAAAUAACAAAAAAAUAGCAUGCGUAUGUAAAGCUGAAAUUGUGGAAAAAAUUGUCUGUCAGCAAGAGACACAAGAGACACCAAUAAUAUUACUGUAUUAGAUGUUGAAGUGACAUAAUUCAUGCUCUGUGGACAAACACUGCUUCUUGUUAAGAAAUCAUGUACCUGCAGACCUCACUUCAUUCAUGAUGUAAUAUAUCAAUGAAAAUAAUCAGUUUUUGGAAAUAUAAGUAACUGAACAGACAAAAGUUUAUUAAACCGGUGGCAGCAGGAGAGUACACGCAUAAAAGGCAUUACAGUUUGCUGGUUUUCAGAGCCAGUGGGUCCUUCUUCUGGCAGAAGGGUUGAAGGGAAAGGAAGAGGGGUGAUGGAAAAGGGCUGGUGAGUUUUAGAAAAAGUCAUCCACAUCCCUGGGUCAGGGGAGACUUACCAGACAGAAUGAGAAGGAAAGACCAAUUGUUGGGGACUGCUUUGGAUGAGAUUUGAAAAUCUCAGAGCUUAAAGGUGGAAGAUAGGAUAAUAUGCAAGGCAGAAAUUAGUGUUAAAACAUCUUUCAUGAGUUAAUAAGAGUAAAGAUCUAAGUGCAUUACAUGUGAUAAAGAUGGGAGGGGACAGUGCAAAAUAAACAGGGCAGAAAAUGAAAGAUGUAGAAAACUAAAAGGGAAUGAAGAAAGGAAUAGUUACUGUGAAGAAAUGCUGAUACUGAGGAAGUAAUAUCUGUCUUACGUAUUGCCCUAUCUCCCACCUUAAAAUUCCCAGAUUUUCAAAUCUCAUACACAGUCCCCAACAAUCAGUUUUUCCUUCCCAUCCCAUCCAGUAAGUCUCCCCUGAUAGCAAACUGUAAUACCUUUUAUACGUAUUUUCUCCUGUCACCACUUGGUGAGUAGAUUUUUUUUAUCUAUUUGAUUACUUAUAUUCAUUGAUGGUGUAUUUUGUUUUGGUUUAGUGUUUCUUUGAUUUGACUUAAAUCUUGGAUGCUGGACCAACAAAACUGUCUUUUUUUCUGAAGACUGCACAGUACUGCUAUCAGUAAUUGUGAUCUGUUUAAAAUUAUAAGUUUUUAUCUAAAUUUUGCUCAUAAAAUUCUUGUAACUUAUCCAUGUUACUUUAGAAGACUGUUUCACACAUGUACUUGCUUUCAUUUUUUGAACAGUAGCCCACUGAAUUCAUGUGCAUUGCUAGUUAAAUAACAGAGGUAAUGGUUAUAUUUUGUACAGAGGAGGAAGUAGUGUUGUACUGCUAAUUAUACUGCUGGUUGGGUAUUUGCCUUUUAAGCUACAACACUCCAACAAGAUUUAAAGUACUGCUUAUUUCGGUCCAUGUGAAAAUUCUGGUUUUCUUUUGUUUACUCAUCCUUCUGAACAGUAUUCACAUGCAAGAACGAACUUCGUCUUUCAUGAUUUCUCAAAUGUCUUUUAUGUGCACGUAAUAUGCUUGCCAUUCCCUGCCACUUCUCCUGGUUUCUGUAUUACUGUUUAAUAUUAAAUCAGAAUGAGGGGGAGACAUAUGCAGUUGAGAAUUAAAAACAGUCAGCAUUUUAUAUAGAAUUUGCACUGAGAGAGAAAAAAGUUCACUCACUAAAAAAUUAUGAGUUUAUUUGCUCUAAUUAUAAAUUUCUGUUGCAACAUCAUUAUCGGGACUGAAUAUGCACUGGCAAAAGAAAGAAGUAAAGAAUAUGAAACAUAGUUCAGGACAGUGAAAUGUUUAACUUCACAAUUGAAAUAGUAUUAGCCGCAAGUGUUUAUUACUUUCUGCAAAUUAUUUGGUUCCAAAGCUUUAUGAUGACCCAAUAAUUUACAAGUGUGAUAAAUGGGAAUUUAAUGACUAAAUAUUUCCUUUUAUUCUUUCAAAGGAUUACAUGAUGUUUCACUUAUUCCAGUUUUUUUGUUGUGAACUGCUGCUAUAACUGGAUAAGAAAUUUAGACAUUCUAAAAAGAAGUUAUUAAUAACGAAACAUUAACAAAUGGUAAAACAAGAGAUUAUUCCCCAUAUACUUUCUUCUUUUAAUCAAAAUAGCUGAAAUAUUGUGGUCUCUGUAGGGAGAACCCUAACAUAUUUAUGAUUUUGUGGAUUAUCAGGUGUACAAGUAUGAAAUGUGAAUUUUUUGUCAAAAAAAAAAAAAAGUUAAAUUUAGAAGAAUGGUAAGUAGUGCUUUAUUCAAAGUAUGCUUCAUCAUUUGUUACACAUUUUUCCCCAUCUUUCAGGCCAUGGUGACUGCCACGCCAGUAAAAUUUUUCCCCUUUUGCUGCAACCCUUUCGUCGAGCCAUUUUUUUUCACACCUUCAUAUGAACCAAACCACUGCUCAGCAUCUGUGUGACCCAUCGAUGCACACAAAUGGUAAUCAGGAGCAGCCAAGUCUGGUGAGUAAGCUGCAUGGAGUAGAACUUCCCAGACAAGUACUUCCAGCGUGUCGCAAACCAGUUUUGCUGUAUGUGAAGGACCAGUGGCAGGAAGAAAAUUACUUUGUGUUGCCUCUUAGGCUAUUGUGACAUUUUUUUUUUCAAGCAGCAAAUGGUUCAUAUAAGUCCAUUGUUGUUGGUAACAUCUAGUAUUAACAGUUUUGCCAGGCUUCAACAGCUUAUAAUAGACUGUGCCCCUCUGGUCCAACCAAACACAGAGUAUCGCCUUCUUGCCAAAGUGAUUCAGGCUUGCGAGAAAUGUGGAUGGUAUGCUUGGGUCUAAUCACGAUUUUUGCACUUGAGCUUUUCAAAAUAAAUCCACUUUUCAUCCCUGUAACUAUACACUGCAAAAAUAACUUCCUUUUGUAUCAAGGGAGCAAAAUCUCAAGUGUUUUUGUGCUUUUCCAUUUGCCUGUCAUUCAACUCAGGUGGUACCCAUUUAUUGGUCUUCUGAAUCUUUCCCAUCUCUUGUAGUAGAUUGGAAACAGUUUGUUGACUAAUGCUCAAUUGCUCAGCGAGUUGUUUUUGUGCUUGCGAAUAAUCUUCGUUCGACAAUGCUUCCAAUUCCACAUCUUUGUAUUUUUUUGGCUGUUUUCCAUGUUCCUUGUUUACAACAUUGAAGCCACUAGUUUUGAAAUACCGAAACCACUGUUCACGGAUAACUUGCAAUGGAGCAUCUUCACCAUAAGCUUCUUGGAGUAAUUGGUAUGUUUCAGCAGCUGUUUUCUUUAAAUGAAAACAAAAAAUUAAUGCUGUCCAUGAAUGCUCUUUGUUAGAUAUAAAUAUUAACAUAUUGAACACAACACUGUACACGUACUUUUCCAGUGUCAUGUCUGAUGCAUAAUAACACAGUAAAAUGACACGUGUCAAAUCUUUAUAGCACAAGUUGCAUUGAUGCUACAUCUGUUGUCUGAAAUCCGCAUUUCAUACUUGUACAUCUGGUACAUUUCAGAGUGCAGUCAUUUUACUGUUGCAUUGUCAGUUCAUAACAUAUUGUACAAGAUAGAAGUGGAGUAAAUUUUGUCCUUAUUUGACAAUGUAUCUGGCAUUUUAAUUGAGAAGAUCAAUAGUUAAUUCAGACACUCUGCAUUAUUUCAACAGCAAACUGAAUAACAUUAUUUCCAUGUGUAUAUAACCCAAGAACAAACUGUGUAAAAAGUUAAUACAUUCUCUCUCUUUGCUUACAUGGCAUAUCCCAAUUAAAUCUGAUCAUUAUAUUUUUUGUUUUUAAAGCUUGUUUCUCUACAUUUCUUAUCGAAAACUUGAAUUCAUUAUUUUAUGCAAUUAAAGCCAUUCUAGUCAUUUACCAUAAGGGUUUCAGGUAGUUUUGUUACUGUGAUUUUUCUGUUAAUUAAACUAUAAUAAUCAGAUUUUUAGAAUAUCGGCAGUGGAAGUCUGGAAUUUGUUUAAUUCAAAUAUUAUAAUUUGUGGUUACUUUUUCAUAUCACAUACAUGAUGGCACAUGUGAUAUUUUGGUUUAUACAUUAGAAAGACCAGUAUGAAACACUUACUGAUGUAUGAUAUGAGUAAGAAAUAAGUUCUGCAGUGAUCCUGUGUUCUGCUUGGUGUUGGCUGUUAAAAUUCAUGACAGAUUUUGUAAUUUUAAAUGUGACAGUAUAAAUAAUUUGCUUUUUCUAGUAAAAUGAAUAUUUUACACUGUU